GGAUCUUUCGUAAAUUAACAUGUUGAGUGUGCAGAAAACAGAAACAAAAUGCUCAUCCUACUUAGAUUCAACUCAACUCAGUAUCUCCAGAAAGAGUUGACUCGAAGAAAUAAAUGGAGCACGAUCGCAUAGCCAACCAAUCACAGUUAUCCAAAACAACCCAAUACUGGCUGAUUAACGGUGAUCAAAGGUUAUUUUUAUUAUUAAACAACCCUACUAGUACUACUUACCCUUCUCAAACUUAAACUACUACUCUCCAGCUGCUUCGUCGAAAAUGGAUACUGCAUAGGUUCUCUGCGUGCAAUAAAAUUUUUCAUCACAAGAUCUUGUGUGGCAAUUGCCGAACAGUCUCACAGUACUGCUUUUGUGAUCAUCGCUCUCCUUGCGCCACCAUUUUCUGCUCUCUCCAAAUCUGUUGCCAUAUGCCCACCCUACAAGCCACCAUUCCCUUCUACUCCUCCCUCCUUGACGCCUGCAUUUCCACCAAGAGCCUCAAAAGUCUCAUUCAAAUCCACGCCCAUUUGAUCACCAAUGGAAUUUAUCACCACCACUUUAUUCGCUCAAAACUCAUCUCUGCCUAUGCCUCCUGUGCCCAAAUGCGCCAAGCCACUCUCCUCUUCUCCUUCGCCAACCGUCAAUCUACUUUCCUUUUCAAUUCUCUCAUCAGAGCUUACGCCUCUCUCAACCUUUUCUCUCAUGCUCUUUCCUUUUUUCGUCGCAUGCUCUGUGCCAAUAAGCCCAUUGAUCGCCACACCUUGCCUAGCGUGCUAAAAUCUUGUGCUGGGUUAUCGGCCCUUAGGCUAGGCCUGCAGGUGCAUGGGAUAGUAUUGGUCAAUGGAUUUGUUUCUGAAUUAUCAAAUUCGAAUGCUUUGAUUAACAUGUAUGCAAAAUGCGGGGAUUUAAUAGGAGCAAGGAAGCUGUUUGAUGGAAUGCCUGUGAAGAAUGAGGUUUCAUGGGCAACGAUGAUGUCGGCGUAUGGUAUGCACGGGAAAGUUGGUGAGGUGUUGAUCUUGUUUGAGAGUAUGGUGGAAGAGGGAAAUAGGGUGGACGCCGUGUGUUUAACUGCGGUUUUGAGUGCAUGUAGUCAUGGAGGAAUGGUGGAGAAGGGGAAAGAGUAUUUCAGGAUGAUGGAGAGGUUUGGGGUGAAGCCUGGGUUGGAACACUACACUUGCAUGGUGGAUAUGUUGGGAAGGGCGGGAAGGGUGGACGAGGCUGAGGAGUUGGUGAUGAGGAUGGAGAUAAAGCCCGAUGAGGCAUUUUGGACAGCUUUGUUGGGUGCUUGUAGGAUUCACAGGGAGGUGGUGGUGGCUGAAAGGGUUGCCAAGAAAAUUCAUGGGAGCUGGACUGAAUGAUUGCAGAAGAUGGGAGUAGUUUCUCUUUUGGGGGGAAAAAGACACAUUACUGGUAGAAAUGCCAUUGGAGCUUCCCUGUGUGAAAGUUUUUUUUCAAAGUAGAUUUUAUGUCGCUGCUUGUUUCUUUGUCAGUUUAUUAUCAUCAGGGCAACAACAAUGAAAAAAAAUUGAUUAAAGAUCAUAAGAGAUGUUUUACGCAUUCAAUUUUUAUUAUUAUUACUUUUUUUUUUUCGUUUGUCAAGUAUAUGUUAGAAGCCAUGUUUUUCGUUGAGAAGGGAGAGCUGAUAACUCUUUAAUCGACAUAAUCAGAAAGUGACUAUUUGAAGCC